UUCCAGUAUGUCUGCGAAUCAUCAAACGGCUGUGAACGGUACGGCCAAUCACCACGCAGGAGGAGAAAAUAAUCACACCGCUGCCGUAAAUACCGAGCACGAACAGAUGCAUUACCGCCGCCAGAACCUGUACACCCAAAAGGUGGCGGUGGUUCUGGGCGCUCAGUGGGGCGACGAGGGCAAAGGCAAGGUGGUUGAUAUGUUGGCCACUGAUGCCGAUAUCGUGUGCCGCUGUCAGGGUGGAAAUAAUGCAGGUCACACGGUGGUCGUCAAUGGAAAGGCAUUCGAUUUUCAUCUUCUCCCAAGCGGAAUCAUCCAUGAGAGAAGCACCUCGAUUAUUGGCAAUGGUGUUGUCGUUCACUUGCCCGGACUGUUCGACGAGCUUGCCAAAAACGAAGCGAAAGGUUUGAAAAAUUGGGAAAAACGCCUAAUAAUCUCGAACCGCGCGCACCUCGUGCUGGACCUGCACCAGCAGGUGGAUGGCCUGCAAGAGGCGGAAAAGGGUGGCAAAUCGCUCGGAACAACCAAAAAAGGUAUCGGGCCAUGUUAUUCCAGUAAGGCGACCCGCAACGGUAUCCGCGUUUCGGAUCUGCUGGGCGACUUUAAGAUGUUCAGUGAAAAAUUUGAAGCGCUGGUUGCAAUGUACAAACGGCUCUAUCCCGACUUCACGGUGGACGUAAAUGCGGAACUCGCACGAUAUCGCGAGUAUGCCGAACGGUUGAGACCGUUGGUGCGCGACUCCGUGUCGUACUUGCACACAUCGCUCAAGGAGGGCAAAAGCGUGCUGGUCGAGGGAGCGAACGCUGCCAUGCUGGACAUUGACUUUGGCACUUAUCCAUACGUGACAAGCAGCAACUGCAGUAUCGGUGGUGUGCUGACCGGAUUGGGCUUACCACCGCAGGCGAUCGGUGAGGUGAUCGGUGUCGUGAAAGCUUACACUACCCGUGUAGGAGAUGGUCCCUUCCCAACGGAAUUGCACGAUGACAUUGGAUCGUUGCUACAGCAGCGUGGCGGAGAGAUUGGUGUUACCACGCAGAGAAUACGUCGGUGUGGCUGGCUCGAUCUGGCACUGCUACGGUACACCUCCAUGGUUAACGGCUACACGGCCAUUUGCUUAACCAAACUAGACAUUCUGGAUACACUCAAAGAAAUUAAAGUAGCUGUCAGCUAUAAUCUGAAUGGGAAAAAAAUCGAUUACUUCCCUGGCUCGAUUACCGAUCUCAGCCAGGUGGAGGUGAAUUAUAUUACCAUGCCCGGUUGGCUACAAUGCACGGAGAAUGUGCGCGAUUUCGGCGAACUUCCUCCACAGGCGCAAGACUACGUACGGUUAAUUGAGAACGAUCUGGACGUUCCGGUCAAGUGGAUUGGCGUUGGCAAGGGCCGGGAAUCAAUUAUCUGCGUGAAGGAUUAA